AUUUGAAACACUUCGAUACGCAGCAACCAUACAUACAUAUGUACGUAUUCAUAGAUGUCAAUUUCCCGAGCCAAAUUUUUGUGACAACAAUCGACUAGAACGAAGUUUAUAAUCCACCGCCCAAGCUAGAAUGCCGGAAACGAAACCAAAGACGCACUGCCGCCCCAGCAAUGGCCUCGACCAGACGGUGGAGUCCGACACCCGUCUGGCUGCCAAUCUGGUCACCCAAAGGAACCUCCAAUUGCACCCACGCCCACAGCACCCACGCCCACAGCGAGCUCGUCGAGAUGCCACCGGCUUUACGUCCAACCAGGAGGUGCGGCUAAAAGCCGGCGACAUGCGCAUGGCCCGGCUGAAGAUCAGUCUCUCCCAGCUGCGCACCGCAAUGGAGGAGUCGGGCAAACAGCUGAAGGACCUCUGCCAGCAGGUGCGGCUGAAUGUGGAUGCUGAGUGAAGGGUCCUGCCUGAAGAAUUCCUUUGCAAAUGCAUAAUCAUUCGGUUUAGGUGGUGCCAAAUUUAAGUGUUUACGAUAAAAUAAAGAUAAUAAGAAAAAUGUCAUACAUAAUACAUAAUGUACAUAAUGUCAUUUGGAUGUAAAUUUUCUUCCUCUUUUAACGAAUGUGUUUUUUGUUGGGGGUCACUUUAAUUUAUAAAGAAACUUUUAGCAACAUUAUUUAUAACAAAUCAUAGGAUUGUAAAACUUCUAAUGCUACCUUAAUAGGCAAUCAACUAGUCCAUACAAAAUAUAUGUACAUAUACAUACUAAAUACGCAUAUUUGUGAAAUCACCAAUGACCGAAUUAUGACAAUCAAAAUACUAACGAAUUUAAUUCCGUUUCUCUUUGCAGGCUGCAUGGAUCCCAUGUCAAAUUCAUUUAUGAGUUUUAGCACUGCAACAGACGAAGCUCAUUCGAAGCCCACCAAAAA